UACAAAAUCAUGGAAUGGAAUAUUAACUUGGACUAAUUAAUUUGAUUUUGUGCGUGAAUAUGAAUAUUAAAUUGUGCAUGGCCAACGCAAAGCAAAAUAUAAGAGGAGCGGAAUGAUUAUAAAUUAAGCUUGGGCUCUGGCUUCGAAAGUUCGAAAAAUUCCGACGACUUCGAUCAAUUUUAUUAAGGUAUGAUUGUAUCCAGUUUAUUGACAUUUCAAAUAGAAAAUCGAAACGUCGCUACAAAAGUUUCCAUUCGCACUUACAAAAAUCUCAAAAUGUGCCAAAAAUUGUCAAAUGUUUACGAUCUUAUUUAUCCUAGUCCGGUAACUCUGAAAGAGAUUGCAUCCACCGCAGUAGCAAUGAAAUUAUUACGCCAGAGAGUCAAAGAAUACUUGUCGAGUAAUACUAUGAGUGACCUGUAUCUUGAACAUUUUGACAUUUUUGACUCACGUCUCCCGAAAAAUUCAUUGCGGAACGUAUUUCCUCAUCUGCCAUCUACAGUUCUUCGCAUGGUUGAAAAGUGUUACGGUAAACUUCAAUACUCAUUAGGUAGUUGGACUGGGGACAGGGCCAUCGUGGACGUUUGGCUUGAAAUGGAUUAUAUUGCUUGCACAUUUAACGGUAAUAUUCAUCAUGAUAAAAUUGCGAAACGAGUGGUCCUCUGCGAAGAAGUUAGUAAUGAAAUCAAGUUUAAGACUGCUUGCAGAUUCUGUUUCGAAGAUGAUAUAGUACGAAUUUGGCCAUCUGUAUCGGAACACUUCAACUUGAGUGAUAUUGAUUUUAAUGAACAACCUUUAUUGUAUUACUGGAUUUGUCGCAUGAAGAAUGAAUUACAUAAAAUACCCUUAUCAGGUCACGAUUACGCUGAUUUCGAUGAAAGACUCCUUCAAAUUCUUGGUUGUAGAAUUAAAAAUUGGCCCUCUGUCGAGUAUUUCUGGAAUCGUUUGAAGCUUAAGGAAAGUCGAAUAGAAAACGCAGUUCAUUUACUUGUAUUCAACGCGCAUGUAUUCUGUAGAUAUAUACUUGCAAGGUUGAGUAAAGAAGAAUUUGAUGCAUUGAUGGCUCUGAAAGGUAAUGAAAUAAUGUUCUUAUUAUUGAGAGAUACGUAUAAUAUCGAUGAUGAACCAGGUGCUAGACGUAGUACUGAAAGACUUUGUAUUUUAGCAGCAUGGAAAUUUAUCAGACAUAAUAUAAGCGAUGUAGAUUUUAUUCGCUUUGCUAAGCAGAUAUUCCGGUUCCAAACUGAAAACUCUCGUCAAAUUCUAAAUGGCCAGUCUUUCUCUUAUGAGUUUUGGAAUAAUACCCCUGAUCAUUUGAAACAGUUGGUAAUCCGAGAUUGUCUAGUUGAUCGUUCUUUGUUUGUGAAGCAACCCGCUGAUCCAUCUGAUAGAUAUGUCUGGUUAUUAUUGUGUGUGCUAAAGGAAAUUCCCUUCGAAGCCAGAAGCACUUUUUGGCGUGAAAAUUGGGAUAUUUUGUUUCGUGGAAUAAGAAAAGAAGAUUUACAAGAAUUACUCACACUUUGCUGUAAGGAUAACGACGAAAUUAUUCUGUUCAAAGAAAAUCAUUUGUCUGGAUACGAAAACGUUAGAUCACAUGGCUUGAUGUACAUGGAAGAUACGCGUUUGCAGGAGUUAGAUGAAUUUCUCAAUUUCUGUUGCCGGGAAAAGGAAACCAUUUCAGCGUUCAAAGUGAAAUUAUUGAAUGAGUACAUGAAUUCUCUUCAUGAUCGUUAUCUUGUAGAUAGGGAAAUUUUUUCAUUUCAUGAUUUUAUUAUCAAAGCUCAUUCGCUGAGUUUAUUCAUCAAUGAAGUCUUUAAUGACGUCCAUCUCGCUGCUGAUUUCAAACAUAAAAUUCUGUUGGCACCCAGAACGACCAGAACGUUGUGUAAUUGGGUAGUUAGCAACUUUAAACUGGAGGACCUAAUGCAAUUUGUCGAUAUGUUUGUAAUACCUGAGCAAGCGGUUGAUUUCAAAGAACAUCACUUUUUGCCUGCCCUUGUGAAUUAUCUUUCAAACGGAUCUGAUUUCAGUUUCGCAUUCGAAAAUGCUGGAUUUCAAAGGUUUAUGGAGUGGUGUUUAGGCAGUGAGGAAAAAAUUGCGGAAUUCAAAGGAGCGUUGCCUUUAUAUGAAAUUAUUCACCACGUAACCGAAAAUGAAGAAGAAAUAAAUCUUUACUCGUAUGAAUUAAAGGAUGAGAGGAGUUGGGGACGAAAGCGAUUAAAAUGUUUAUAUCCUGACCUCAUUAAAUUUUUGGAAUGGUGUUUAUCUUCUCCCGAAGAAGUUGAAGAGUUUAAAAAAAGAGUUGUUUGGUUUGAAACAUACGCCCCAUAUUUAUAAAAUUGUCGUUCGUUUCUUUUAUAAAUAACAAGCAAAAUUACCUGCCCUUCGGGCAGGGAAUAGAAUUUGAUAAUGUACACCGUAUUGAAGUAACCUUAAAAUUUUGUUGAAGAUAUGUAGUACAUAUAUAAUAAUGGAAGAAAAUCUCGCAAAAUAUCAUACAGUUAAUACUGAGAAAUUAUAAAAAAUUGAUAUUUUUUGACAUUUUUGUCAGUUUUUGGCUACAUUUUAAAAUUUGUGAUUUCAUCGUAAGGUCCAUUUCUCCUGGACGAAUCCCAAAUUUGGAUGGCAUUUUUGAAAAUCCAAAGUCCAUUGGACCAUAUCUACCUUCCAACUUCAGUCUAUAGUCAAAAUUAAAAAUUGUGCAAUUCGAAUCGCAGAAAUGAAUCGCGAAUUAAUUUUGAAUCGGAUUCAGAAUCAGACUCUAAAUCGUAUUUAGAACGAAAGUGAAUCGUUGUAGUUAAAUCGCAGCAUCACAAUCAACUUUUUCUUAUAAGUUUACCCAUCUUUCCAAUCGCUAAGUGCAAGUCAUUUUGUAGCCUCCAUCGAUUUUUAAAAAAAUUUCAGAUCCUUCAGCAGAUUUUUGACAUUUUAAAUUCCCACAAAAUUUCAUCAAAUGGAUUUAGAAAGCUAAAAUUCAAUAUGCAAACUAAUUUCAAUACCCUACGUAAAUCUAGUGCAAGUGCUUCCAACUCGUUUUGAAGCUAGUUAAUUUUUGAUCCUUCAAGGUCAACAUACACGAAACUAUAGGGGAUAAACUUUGAUCAGACCUCCCUCCCCUUGAAAAUGUUUUGCCAGACUCGACGAAAUCAUUAAGUUUUGUGAAUUUUAAAGGGAUUUUUAUUUACCAGAAAAGAAAUGUUUUUUUUACUUCUCGAAAUACAAAAUUUUGAGAGCUUUUGCCCUGGUUGGGUCUUUUAGCUUAUGGUUUUUAAAACUGAAAUUUCUACAAAAAAUCACUCAAAUUUUUAAAUUUUCAAGCCAAAAAAUUGAAUUUUUCCCAAAUUUAUUAUUUAUUCAAAUUCAAAAAAAUAGAUAAAUAAAUUUCUCACAUAGAAAUUUUUUUUACAAUUCUGAGAUCUCACAUAGACAUUUUUUUUACAAUUCUGAGAGCAUUUACCCUCACUUUGUUUGGGUCUUUUUGCUUUCGUUUUUUAGAACUGAAAUUUCUAUUUUCAAGCCAAAAAAAUGAAAUUCUUCCCAUAACAAAAACAUUGUUCUUUUCAUUAUCAAAAUUAGAAUGUUCAAAUUCAAUAUUGCAUCUUUUCUGCCAUGCAUAGUGGUGCAUCUAUUCAUGAGAUUAGGGCAAGAUUAGCAUUUUACCUACAUAAAGGCAACUUGGCAAUUUUUAUCAAGUUUCUUGUAGGUAUUGAAAUUGGUUUUAUGCAAGGUGUAAAAAUUUUAAGUUGACAAUCAAAAAAAAAAUCUAACCAUUUUGGAUAGGUAUACUUAUUACAUUUCCCUUUUUUAAACUGAUUUUUAUGCAAGGUGUAAAAAUUCCAAAUUGACUAAGUAAAAAAAAAAAUUGAAGUUGAAGAGAUAUGAUUGGCCAAUGAGCUCACCCAUACUUUUCGAGUUUCUUCAGGAAUAGAUUCACCUUCGAUCUCCUUUUCUCUAAGUACCUAUGUUAAAAAUUGAAGCUUUGAUGAUUUUGCAAAAUGCUUAGCAAAUCGGAAAUAUUCGGCAGCGAAAUGAAAGCUCAAAGAUAUUCGUGACGUCAUCAAAACUUUUAAGCUUAAUUACAGCUUUUUAAGGCCUCUAAUCGCGAAAAAAAUUCCAGUACAACCAUCUACGCAUCACGCUGAACAUUUUGAGUAUUUUUUCAAAAUUUUCCGUCCAGCCGUUUUGCAGUGAUUGCGUUACAAAGAAAACACCACUUCAAUUUAUUAAGUAGAUACAAUUUUUUUACUUUUUUUUUUAAAGAUGUAACCUCAUAGUAAGUUCCUUUUUAUUUUGUAUUUUGAAUCUUCUUUGUUUUUUGUGAAUAAAAAAAAUAAAAUGAAUUUUAAAAUGCGCCAGGUACAGCUAAAAGAAUUAAUAAUAAUAUUGAACCUAGUAGUAGGUAUACCUAGCAUAUUUCAAAUGUAACCACAAAAUUUAAUUCAACACAUGCAUGGUAUUCACGUAUUUCUUUCAUUAACGUUGAAUUAAACCUGCUUUGUGCUUAUCGUCUUCCAUUAAAAAUCAUAUUUUAACCAACAAUGAUUUCAUUACUUAUACAAAUUUUUAAUAAGGUUUCUUCGCUGAAAAUAAUUAAAAAUAACGAAAUCAAAAUGAAAUUAGGAUUUUAUAAAAUUUUACUAAAUAUCAAAAUCUUAAACAUGAAGUAAACAAUAUAACAUCGUAUUAUUAACAAAAUUAUAAUACACCAAUUUUAUUUUUAACUAGAUGAAGUGAGGGAUGCAUUCCAUUUUGAAUAAAAUUCUCCAUAAAUAUUUAUUUCAUUGAAUAAAGAUUUUUUGAAACUAUAUAGGUACAUUUUUCAAAAAAAGCUUCAUGAGAUCGCAGAAAAUAAUUAAUGAAUGGGGACAUUAACAUUAUCUAUAUACGUACUAUCUGCUCUUGAAAAAUUCAUACAAUGGGUGGAAAGUAGGUAGGUACGUACCAAAUGUUUCGAUUUUUUGAUUUCGAUGGCACGAUCAUGAGGUGAACAGCAAUUUUGAUUUGAAGAGGACUUAAUUUUGUAUACAUUUGACAGAAAUUGCAUGAAAAGUGUUUAAAACGUGUUGUUAAAACUACCAAUAGAAAUUUCCGAAAUCACUAAUCAGAACAAAAAUGUUGUCUAAAUUAAGCUAAAUGUAAGAAAAGUAGCAUAAAACUUGACUGAAAUGGCCUAAAAAACAUGAAUAAAGGUUUAAAAUUUUAAAAAAGAUGAAAUUCGAGUAAAAUUUGAAAAAAAUGAGGUACCUGAUUUGUAUAAAACAUUGUUGUAAAUUACCAAAAAAAUAACGGAACUCAAUGUAGGAAAAAUUUGCAAAAAAAAUGCAUGAAACUGUGUCAAAAAUGCGUUAAAUUAAAAUAAAGAUGAUAUUAAAACACUAAAAGUAGCAUUGAAAUCUUGGGAAAUUAUUUUUAAAAAUAUGUAGCUAUGCGAUGAAAGUUCAGAGAAUUUUUUUUUUUUGGGGGGGGGGGUUUGUAAUUACUUGAUUAUUACACCCGUCGUGUGAGAUUUAGAUCGAGUUGGUAAGGUCAAGUUUUUCGAUUGGACAGAUAUAAGUUCUGACAUGCAGAACUGGCAUGUGGGUUUUGGGGCCUUUUCAUGGAGGUGAUUGUGUGUGAUUUUUGUGUUGCCAAUUCUCAAUCUGGUUAUAAUGAUUUCUUCAAGUCUGUUUAAGUGGGGGAGGUUUUUCCAAGGAUGGACUGAUUUUUUAUGUUGAAAGAGCUUGUUUGUGGUGUGGAGGGACCAAAAGUUUUGCCAUUUCUUAAGUGUGCUUUGGGUGAAGAUAGACUUGAGGUCGUCAGCUGUGAUAAAUGUAAGGGGAGAAAGGGUGGUGGCAGAUUUUGCAUUAAUAUCUACAAUUUCAUUUCCCAAGAUUCCAACGUGGCUGGGUUAAUAUGAGGAGCUCAUUGCAAAAAUAGCCCUUGUCAGUUGUCACUUUGAAAAAAAAACCGGGAAGGUUCUUUUCUUCACUGCAUUGUAUGGAUGCAUCAGUAACUAGUAAGAGGAAUUACUCAAGUUGAUAAAAAAAUCAAUUUGAAUUGAAUACACUAUACCUAUUCAUCAAGACUUUACAGUGGUUCUUUGUCUUGCAUGUUUUUUAUUUUCAUUUUGGACAAGGGCUAUUUUUCCAAUGAGCUCCUCAUAAACUGUAUAAAGAAGUUUGAAUUUUGUAAGUCAAGUAGAGUUUUAUUGUAUCAAUGGUGCCUGAAGAGUACUGGACUGAAUGUGUGUUAGAAUGACAUAAAAUCGCGAAAAACCAGUUUUUACACCCCCCCCCCCCCCCCCGAAGCUGAAAUUGAAAUGGAAAUUUAUUUUAUAAUUAAUUAUUCAUUUUUUUUUAAUGGAAAUUAUUUCUUAUUUUUUUCUUGAAAGUUGAACUUGAAAUGAAUAAAUUUUUUGUAUGAAUAAGUACCUGGUGGUAGACGUUUUAUGGUCAUUAUAAAAAUUACAAAGGGCUUUACUCUUCAAAAUUUUGUUCAUUCAUUGAUGGGUAACUCAUAAUUGGAAUUUUCUUAUUCAGUUUCGUUUUUUUAUUUUUAUUAUCAAUGUCCAUGUAUUAUUCGACUACGUACUUGUUCAUUAGUAUGUGGUACAGUAUUUAUGUAUUGAUAUUAUGUAAGGAUCAAUUUUGAAUUUUGUUUCAAAUUUCCUUAUUCGUUUUUUUAUAUUUUUAUUUAUUCACUCCCUUACUUACGUCGUCGUGGUCAAUCGCCCCGUCGCCGCGGAGAAAAAUAAAUGCACCCCAUCCACCUGCAAGCUGCAAAAUAACUCUGGUCGAGUAAAUGGCGAUAAGAAUGUUUACUUAUACUUUGUACCAGGUUACUGAUAAUCGCUAAAUAAUCGCCAAAUCGGAAUUCAGAAUAAUCUCCGACUUCAGUUGAGUUGAGGAAUAAUAAAAUAAUAAUAUGGUGUCAUUUUGUUUGAGAGUAUGAAUAUUGAAUAUUAAAUGGUGCAUGUCCAACGCAAAGCAAAAUAUAGAAGGAGCGGAAGCGGAAUGAUUACGAAUUAGGCUUGGGCUCUGGCUUCGAAAAAUUCCGACGACUUCGAUCAAUUUUAUUAAGGUAUGAUUGUAUCCAGUUUAUUGAUAUUUUAUAUAGAAAAUCGAAACGUCGCUAUUAAAGUACAUACAUUAGCGUCGUUUUGGUACCUAUGUACUUCAUUUAAAUCAACGAAUAAUUUUUGUUCCAGGUCUCCAUCACACUUACAAAAAUCUCAAAAUGUGCAAAAAGUUGUCAAAUGUUUACGAUCUUAUUUAUCCUAGUCCGGUAACUCUGAAAGAGAUUGCAUCCGCCGCAGUAGCAAUGAAAUUAUUACGUGACAGAAUCAAAGAACAUUUCUCGAGUAAUGCUCCGAAAGAGGUCUAUCUUGAAUAUUUUGACAUACGUUACCGGACAAUUUCAUUGCGGAGCGUAUUUCCUAAUCUGCUACCAUUGCCCUCAACAGUUCAUCCCAUGGUUGAAAAGAGUUUUAAUAAAAUUCGACUCACAUUAUGUUGUUGGACUUGGGCCACGGAGCUUUUUCAACCUUGGCUUGAAAUGGAUUAUAUUGCUUGCACAUUUAACGGUAAUAUUCAUCAUGAUAAAAUUGCGAAACGAGUGGUCCUCAGCGAAGAAGUUAGCAAUGAAAUCAAGUUUGAGACUGCUUGCCACUUUUGUUUCGAGGAUGAUAUUGUUCGAAUUUGGCCAUCUGUAUCAGAACACUUCAACUUGAGUGAUAUUGAUUUUGAUGAACAACCUUUAUUGUAUUACUGGAUUUGCCGCAUGAAAAAUGAAUUACACAAAAUACCCUUAUCUGGUUACAAUUACGCUGAUUUCGAUGAAAAACUCCUUCAAAUUCUUGGUUGUAGAAUUAAGAAUUGGCGUUCUGUCGAAUAUUUCUGGAAUCGUUUGAAGCUUAAGGAAAGUAGAAUAGAAACUGCAGUUCAUUUACUUGUAUUCAACGCGCAUGUAUUCUGUAGAUAUAUACUUGCAAGGUUGAGUAAAGAAGAAUUUGAUGCAUUGAUGGCUCUUAAAGGCAGUGAAAUAAUGUUCUUAUUACUGAGGCAAACGUACAAUAUAGAUGACGACGGAUGUCCUGUUAUAAAGGAUAUUAAAAGGCAUUGCAUUUUAGCUGCAUGGAAAUUUAUCAGACAUAAAAUAAGCGAUGUAGAUUUUAUUCCCUUUGCUAAGAAGGUAUUCAAAUGUCAAACUGAAAACUCUGGUCAAAUUCCAAAUGACCAGUUUUUUUCUUACGAGUUUUGGAAUAAUACUCCUGAUCAUUUGAAACAGUUGGUAAUCCGAGAUUGUUUAGAUGACCGUUCUUUGUAUGUGAAGCAAGCCGGUAAUCCAUCUGAUAGAAAUGUCUGGUUUUUAUUGUGUGUGCUAAAGGAAAUUCCCUUCGAGGCCAGAAGCACUUUUUGGCGUGAAAAUUGGCAUAUUUUGUUUUGUAAAGUAAGAGCAGAAGAUUUACAAGAAAUACUCACACUUUGCUGUAAGGAUAACGACGAAAUUAUUCUGUUCAAAGAAAAUCAUUUGUCUGGAUACGAAAACGUUAGAUCACAUGGCUUGAUGUACAUGGAAGAUACGCGUUUGCAGGAGUUAGAUGAAUUUCUCAAUUUCUGUUGCCGGGAAAAGGAAUCCAUUUCAGCGUUCAAAGUGAAAUUAUUGAACGAAUACAUGAAUUCUCUUCAUGAUAUUUAUCUUGUAGAUAGGGACAUUUUUUCAUUUCACGAUUUUAUUAUCAAAGCUCAUUCGCUGAGUUUAUUCAUCAAUGAAGCCUUUAAUGACGUCCAUCUCGCUGCUGAUUUCAAACAUAAAAUUCUGUUGGCACCCAGAACGAUCAGAACGUUGUGUAAGUGGGUAGUUCGCAACUUCAAACUGGAGGACCUAAUGCAAUUUGUCGAUAUGUUUGUAAUACCUGAGCAAGCGGUUGAUUUCAAAGAACAUCACUUUUUGCCUGCCCUUGUGAAUUAUCUUUCAAACGGAUCUGAUUUCAGUUUCGCAUUCGAAAAUGCUGGAUUUCAAAGGUUUAUGGAGUGGUGUUUAGGCAGUGAGGAAAAAAUUGCGGAAUUCAAACGAACGUUGCCUUUAUAUGAAAUUAUUAACCACGUAACCCUAGACGAAGAAGAAAUAAAUCUUUAUGAUAUGGAUGAGGGGUGUUAUGGACGAAUACGAUUAACAAGUUUAUAUCCUGACCUCAUUAAAUUUUUGGAAUGGUAUUUUUCUUCACCCGAAGAAGUAGCAGAGUUUAAAAAGAGAGUUGUUUGGUUUGAAAAAUACGCCCCAUUUUUAUAAAAUUGUUGUUCGUUUCUUUUAUAAAUAAUUACGAAUUUUUUUAUUUUCUCAUUUUUUUAAGAUGUAACCUUACAGUAAGUUCCUUCUUAUUUUGUAUUUUGAAUACUCUGUGUUUUUGUGAAUAAAAAAUGAAAUAAUUUUUAAAGUGCGCAGGUACAGCUAAAAAAAAAAAAAAAUUGAACCUAGUAUACCUAGCGUAUUCCGAAUGUAACCGCAAAAUUUAAUUUAACACAAGUAGGUCUUCGCGUAUUUCUUUCAUUAACGGUGAAUUAAACUGCUUUUUGCUUAUCGCCCCCUUUAAAAAUCAUAUUUUUAACCAACAACGAUUUCAUUACUUAUGCAAAUUUUUUAAUAAGGUUUCUUCGCUGAAAAUAAUUAUUAAAAACGACAAACUCAAAAUGAAAUUAGGAUUUAUUAAAAUUUUACUAAAUAACAAAAUCUUAAACAUGAAGUAAACAAUAUAACAUCAUAUUAUGAACAAAAGUAUAAUACACAAAAUUCUUCCAGCUUCUUUUCUCGCAGGUAUGUAUUUUAUAAUUUGAAAAAAAAAAAAAAUCAAAAUUUUGUCAAUACCAAUAACGAAAACCAGUUUCGUAAGCAUUCCAACACAGAUAACAAACCCUCGAACUUUUUAUCCAGCAAUAUAGUAAGUAAAACUUACAUUAGAAUAAUAGAUAAUUGAAAAAUAAAACAGCCUUUUGCAUUAAGUUUAAAAGGAAAAAAAAUAAACGUAAUAACAACUUUACAUACAAACUUAAGUAAGCACCAUAAUCGUAUACGUGAUUUCAACACGAAUGAAAGUUUCACUUACACUGUUGAGCAAUUUAGCGUGUAAGAAAGCUUUUUAUACAAAAUUCCAGCUCAUUGCCAGUACGAGAAAAAAUGGCUUAGGUAUCAGUCUUUCUCAUAACGAUUUUCAAUUUUUUUUUUUGUACAAAAAGAGUACCGUAAUAAAAAGAGGGGUAAGUAUAGAAAUUUAUAAAAAUAUUCCAAACGAGGAUUUUUAACAAAAUAAAAAAAUAUACGCCGAAUGUAAACAAUACUGUUAGAUAAAAAAUAAAUAAAAACUGUGUUUAAUAAAAAUAAUAGAAAAAAAAUAAGUUCGCGUUAAACAUAGAAAAAAAAACGAAAAAAAAGAACAACUGCAUAUACAAAUAUAAAAAUACAUACGAUAAAAGAAAGAAAAA